CAAAUCACGAGGCAUGGUAAAAGAAUAGAUAAAGAUGAAAUCCUGGCAGUGGAGACUGCACACAAACACAGAGAGAGAGAGAGAGGGUUAAAACCUCCGUCUCUUCCUCUUUCUUCUUACUUCCAUCACUACCAUCACUUCCAAGUUCCGAUCCAACUUAUUACUCACCUUCUUCCCUCCUUUUUCCUUCUAUUAAAAAAAAAUAAAUAAAUAAAGAAUAGUUUGGCCCAAAGUUGGAAAGAAGAGAGACAUGACCAUGACGAGGAGUGUGCCUCUUGGUGUUUCCUCUUCGCUGGUUCUAAGUGUGAAAGCCCUUCCUCUUCAUCCCACCACCUUCUCACCUUCCAUCUCUUCCAAGGUUCAGUUUAGGGUUAGGGUUAGAGUUCCUCUAACCACAUCCAAUAAACUGAAUAAACUUUCCCUCCGAUCUGAAUCAGGGAUCUGUGGAGCGAGCCAGGCAGUUGAUUUGUUUCCAUCCAAUUAUUCUGAAGUGAUUGUUCGGGAUGCUCGACUGGAGGAUUGUUGGGAAGUGGCCGAUACUCAUUGUAGCUCAUUCUUUCCGGACUAUACUUUCCCAAUAGAUUUGGCACUGAGGAUUGACCGAUUUGUGGCACUGUUGUCUGGGUUCUCAGUGCCCCUGGGCUGUAUGAGAGCUUGUCUUGUUGCUAUCUCUGGUCCUUCAUUGAAUGAUAAUUUAUACUGUGGAAGUGAACAAAUCAAAUUUGGAGAUCUUGAAGGAAAAUUCAGUAUAAAUAGAGGAUCUGUGGCUGGAAUAUUGACAAUAGAUACCGUGGCUGAUUUUCUACCUAGAAAAGGACCAUUACAUCAAAGAAGAACUGGAAUAGCAUAUAUAUCGAAUGUUGCAGUCCGUGAGACUGAGAGACGGAAGGGGAUUGCCAAGAAGCUUGUGGCCAAAGCAGAAGUUCGAGCUAGGAGCUGGGGCUGCCGGGCAGUUGCUCUACACUGUGAUUCAGAAAAUUUGGCCGCUUUAAAGUUGUACUUAGGACAGGGUUUUAAAUGCAUCAAAGUUCCUGAUCAAGCGAAAUGGCCGCAACCAAAGGCCUCCUCGGCUACCAGGUUUAACUUCAUGAUGAAAUUGCUUUCUCCUAACCGGGUCUCUUGAUUUUUCUGGCACAAAAAGUACAUGAAUUCUCAAUUGUUACAGUGUUAGUCACCAGAAAGAUGUACAGGAUCAGUGAACACUGAACGGUUGUGUAUCUAUGUAUUCAUAUAUGGCACACUGCAAGAUGAUGAUAUGGUGUUCACUGUAUUGGUUUAAUUCAACCAUUGUUAUAUAGUGGAAUUGGAACA